ACCUACAUACACCGGACAACCACUAGUCCACCAGAAACAGAGAGAGAGUAUCUACUAUCUAGAGUGUUCCAGCUCGUUUUACUCAGGUACGGUGUCUGUAAUCGUAUCAUCAGAGAAGAUUCCACCGUUGGAUUUGGCUGAAAUUUUGACAGAUUGUUGAGGACAUUCAGGACUACAUUCUGACCGUUCAGUUUUUCAAUCGGAGUCCUGGUUCAACGGGAAUCGUCUCUUUACGGACCUUUUGCUCUCUAUUUGAAAUCUCUUAUUGUUGUUGUUUGUUUUCUGGUUCACAAAUUCACAAUUUCACGUCUGCUCGCCCUUCUCCACUGACGACCGGCCACCGCACCAUCAAACUCGCCUCGCCCCAACAAUCUCUAAAAAUUCGAAUGAGGAGAUGUUGAAUAGAAGGCUUAGGAAUUGACAAAUUGUAGCCACACAAUUCUGGAUUUCUGCUUUACAGAUGGAGGUGGGCAGCAUUGAUCAUGAGUUAGAUUAUUCUUGUUCUGCUGGAACUGAUGAAGAAAAUGCAGAUGAAGUGAAAGUAAGGUGCUGGGAUCAAAGAGAAGCUGAACCAGGGGAACCUUGUUGUGUUUCAGAUGAAGUGAAAGUAAGAUGCUGGGAUCAAAGAGAAGCUGAACCAGGGGAACCUUGUUGUGCCAUUUGUGGUCGCUAUGGGGAGUACAUUUGUGAUGAGACAGAUGAUGAUAUUUGCAGCUUGCAGUGUAAAAAGAUACUUCUGGAAAGAAUAUCCAAAUCAAAGCUUCCCUCCUCACUUCCUGUUCAGAAACGAUUACCUACUAGUGAUGAAUGCUUCUAUGUGAGAGAUACUGAAAGAGGGUCAAGCUCUCGUCUGCUCUCUGAUGAAGAAACUGCACUACUGAGAGAGAGACUUCAUAUUUCUGUUAGAUAUGGCUCUGUCCUUCCACCUGUUUUUUCAUUUUCUUCUUGUGACCUUCCAGUGAAGCUCCUUCAGAACAUUGAGUCCAUGGGAUUCGAACUGCCAACACCAGUCCAAAUGCAAGCUAUACCUGCUUUAAAUGGGAACAGUCUUCUUGUUUCAGCUGAGACCGGAUCUGGCAAAACUGCUUCAUAUCUGAUCCCAAUUAUCACUCGUUGUGCGAAUUUUUCUCGUGAUCAAUUGAACAAGAGGAAGCCGUUGGCAAUGGUUCUUACACCGACUAGGGAGCUGUGUGUGCAAGUUGAGGAAGAAGCAAAGUUACUUGGAAAGGGUUUGCCAUUUAAGACUGCACUUGUGAUUGGUGGUGAUGCUAUGGCCGGCCAGGUCUACCGCAUCCAACAAGGUGUGGAACUGAUUGUUGGAACUCCUGGAAGGCUGAUUGAUCUGUUAACUAAGCACGAUAUUGAGUUAGAUAGUAUAUCCAUGUUUGUGGUUGAUGAAGUGGACUGUAUGCUUCAGAGAGGCUUCCGUGAUCAGGUGAUGCAGCUCUUUAGGGCUCUUUCGUGUCCCCAGGUUCUUAUGUUUUCUGCCACAUUAUCUGCUGAAGUUGAGAAGAUGUCAAACUCAAUGGCAAAAGCUUUGGCGGUUGUCUUUGUUGGAAAGCCAAAUAAGGCAAACCUCGCUGUAAAGCAGAUAGCUAUAUGGGUGGAGUCGAAACACAAAAAGCAAAAGCUUUUUGACAUACUGAUGAGCAAGCAGCAUUAUAGGCCACCAGUGGUUGUGUUUGUGGCUUCAAGACUGGGGGCAGAUCUCUUAGCUGAGGCAAUCAACAUUACAACGAGAGUCAAAGCUCUCUCUAUCCAUGGUGAAAAUCUGAGUGAAAGGAGAGAGAUUAUAAGGUGUUUUUUGAUGGGUGAAGUAUCUGUGCUAGUAGCAACUGGUUUAUUGGGCCGUGGAGUGGACCUCGUGAGCGUGAGGCAGGUUAUAGUGUUUGACAUGCCAAAUUCGAUGAAGGAGUAUGUCCACUUGAUUGGCAGGGCCUCUCGUCGUGGAGAGGAGGGUAAUGCAAUCGUGUUCAUAAAUGAGGAGAGCAAGAAAGUGUUCCCGGAAUUGGUUGACGUAUUGAAAUCAUCUGGAGCUGCUGUUCCGAAGGAGCUUGCUAAUUCAAGGUACACAACAUAUCUUGUUUCCAUGAGUAAGAGCCAGAAGAAAAGGAAACAUGGUGCUUGAGACUUGUAUUCUGGUCCCACGGUGGACAUCCUCAAAAUUCUACGAAGCUACUUACAACGAGUCCUAGCGGCUGAGAUGCAGGGCCGGGUGCUGGCCAGAGGUACAUUGAUAAUGUGGUACCCUGAUUGUUUGGGGUUCCUAGUCUUCCUACUAUGCAAUUUUGCAAGGAAAAAUCCACUGAUUCUAAAGUUCUAAUGAACAUUUUUCGGAAGGGAACAAAGUCCAAGGCUAAGGCCUUCAAGAAGUAGAACUUCUUUCUCCUCCCCUGGAUCAAUAUAAACAAAGAUACCCACCAGAAUUCCAGAUUGCAUAUUUGGGUAUCAGAGAUAGAAGGGCGGCUGAGUUUAUUGUUCUAGUUGAUGGUGCUUUCAAAAGUCUUGAUCAGGCAGUCACUUUUUUUUUUUUUUUUUUUGUGAAGUGGGCUGGUACCCGAGUCGUGAUACACCCAUACCCGGUAUGGGGCGGCAGUUACCCAUACCAGGGCAAAAUGGUAAUUUUAAGCAAAAAAGCAAUACAAGGUUAGUAAGGACCAUUUUGAAGAUGAAAAAAAAGACAAAUCAUUUCUACAGCUCUCCUUCUCCUCUGUCCUUUGUUGUUUUGAAAAUCGCCCAUUUCUACAGCUCUCCUCCUCCUCUAUCCUUUGUUGUUUUGAAAAUCGCAUCAGGUAAUAGGUAUGUUGCUGAAUUGAAGCAAAUAAUUUGUAUUUAAUGAAUUGGUGAAAUUUAGUUUGAAA